UGUCGUCGGCUUGCGCUGCGGGCCCGGCUUUUUUUUAUUAUGAACCCAACCGCCACGAAGGGAAGUCGCUCUUGUUAACUAACGGGGGUCUCCUCGCGAGAAGUCUCGCCGGUCUGCCUCGGCUCCGUCGCGCCGCCGGCCGCCUCUUUCCUGCUCCUCCUCGCCGAUCCUUUCCUUUCCUUUCUUGGCGACCGGCGCGGCGUAGGAGGAGGAGCGGGAUGGUGGGCGACGAGGGCGGCGGCCGGAGCGUGUCGUUCGCCGGCUGCGGGUUCCUGGGGGUCUACCACAUCGGCGCGGCCACUUGCCUCCAGGAGCGGGCGCCGCACCUCAUCCGCAACGCCCGUCAGAUUUACGGGGCUUCGGCGGGGGCUCUGACCGGCGCGGUCCUCGUCGGAGGCGGCUCUCUGGCUGAAGCUUGUGCUGAUGUUCUGGAUCUAGCCAAAGAGGCACGAAAGCGAAAUCUUGGCCCUCUUCAUCCUUCUUUCAAUGUGAUGAAAAUAAUGAGAGAUGGACUCUGCAAAAAUCUUCCAGAAAACACUCAUCAGUUGAUAUCAGGGAAACUUCUCAUUUCACUUACCAGAGUAUCCGAUGGCAAAAAUGUGUUGGUAUCCAAUUUUAAGUCAAAAGAAGAAGUUGUGCAGGCUUUGCUUUGCAGUUCAUUUGUGCCAAUAUAUUGUGGUCUCAUUCCACCUUCAUUUAGAGGGGUGCGCUACGUGGAUGGUGGAAUAAGUGACAAUUUACCUCAGUAUGACUCAAAGAAUACCAUCACAAUUUCACCUUUUUCUGGGGAGUGUGACAUUUGUCCCAAGGGUAACUCUGCAAACUUCCAUGAAAUGAACGUAACCAACACCAGCAUUCAGUUUAGCUUAGGGAAUAUGUACCGGUUAACUCAAGCACUUUUUCCUCCAGAACCCAAGGUGCUAGGAGAGCUCUGUGAACAAGGGUAUUCGGAUGCUCUUAGGUACUUGAAAGAAAAUGGCAUAGUGCAGGAUUCUGUCUCCAUUGACUUGGCCUUAACAAGGGAGGGCCAGGAGGAACACACACAAAUCCCAAAAUGUAUUGAUAGAAAAGCUGUUGCAGCAAGUCAGUGCAAAAAAGGCAUGCAAAACAAAGAAAUGCUUAUUGACCAGCUGAAGUUAGCUGCUUGGCCAUUGGAUGGAACCAUCUUUGAGAACCUACCUCCUAGACUUCGUAAAGCAUUGCAGGAGGCUUGUAAAGAGAGAUGUGGAUUCUACACUCAGCUUUCCAAAUUUCUACCAAUGCGACUGAUGUCUUAUAUGAUGCUGCCGUAUACUCUACCAGUUGAAUCAGCCUAUUUUGUGGCCUUAAGAUUAGUAGAUUGGUUUCCUGAUAUUCCUGAUGAUGUGCGAUGGAUGCAGGAACAGUUUCGUCAAAUUAUGGGUGCAGUGUAUUCCAAAGCAAGACAAAGGUUACUGAGUUUUUCCAGUAAAGAAAGUGGUAUCUUGCUCAGAAAAUGCCACACAGCACCAUUAGACACAAGUAUUCACUCUUCCUGCUGCCCGCCUAAAAUGGCUCAUUCUUCUACACACCUUGAAGAAUGGCUUUGGGAUCUUCCAUACUGUGAAGACUUAGUGGAGAAAGACAUUAGUGAAGGCUUUGUGUCUGCUCCCUCCUUUUUCAUGAAUUCUGGACAACCUGGAGUGGAAGCAAAUGUUGACUCCUCCUCCGAGAACAGCUUCCAAACUGCCUCUGAAGACUAACUUGAGAAUCACAACAUCAUUCAAAGCAAUCUCAGUCCUGAAAGUCACGUGUUCAUCUAGCAUGUUGCCAAAUAGUCUUCAGGAAGACUCUGUUUACAAUAGAUGAUGAAUUGCCUUGGGUGAAUCUCUUGUGGAAAGAUAAAUAUGUUAUUCUGGUCUAGAUUCCUGAUAAUGGGUUAAGGGUUAAAAAGACCCUGGUGCAAUAGACUACUGUUCAUCCAAACAAGAUGUUUCAGCAGGAUUCCAAUCCUCCUCUGUUUUAUAUUUGGACAAGCAUUUAUAGUGAAAAUGUAGCUUUUUAAAGUAUUUAACUUUUAAAACAUUGUUUCUUUUUUGUUUAUCUUUAUAAAUGGUGUUUAGCACUUGAGUAAAAUCAAGCAAAUUGUACUUAAAAUAGAUACGGCAUAUAGGACAUUUUUGGAAGCCUCUAAUAUUUUUACUUGCCUUAUGUUGAAAUGUGUUAUACUGGUAGGAAGUAUAGCUAUCUCGGUUACUACUGUCUUCAUUCUUUUUCAGGAUAAUCUAGGAAUAGUGUUUGCAUUGAACCAGCACUUAUUUUUCCAGAAUACUUUUUUAAAAAGAUGCAGUCCUGAUGUCAGGGUGAUACACAUGUGCUGGUUUACACCAGUUCCUUAAGGGCUAAAUUAAAUUCCUAAUAAACUAUACUUUAAAAUAUUUUACUGAAGGAAGUUAGUUGCAAGCCUCCCCCCCAGUAUACAGUAUCACAUUGGUCUAAGGAAGAACUUUUCUGGAGAUGUUAUUGAGGCAUAAGUAAAUAGACAAGAGUAUGAGCUGAAAUUUGUGGAAUUCAUCAGGUUGGGUUUGAUCUUAACUAUUCCCAAAUUAAUAUAGAAGAAUUCAACAAGAAAAAUCUGAAAAGUUACAUGUAUGUGAUAAUCUCUGAAAUAAUCAUAAUAAAUCUAGUCCAUGUUUUGCUAAAUUCAAAUGCCCAGUCUUUACUGAAUGAGAAAUAUUGUAUAAUAUCAAAUCAUUUUAAUUGUUACCAGUGGGUAGGGUUCAUGUUAAAAAAAAUUAAACAAAUGUUAAACGGUAUUGUGAUUUAUAAUGAAAACAUGAAGAAGUGCUAUGUUCUGGUAUGGAUGGAAGAGAUUACCUUAAAUUGAUAGUAAAAAUGUUGCCCAAAGUGUUAAAUUUAAAAUCCUGUUGCAACUGACUUUUUAUAAUCGUAUAAUUAAUAUAGUCUUUGGUGCUGUUUAAUCCAAGCUACUGUUUUGAUGCAUUUUUGUGAAGUCUUGUAUUCAUUCUUUAUAUUUUAAAUUGUAUUUCAAAAAUGAACUGAUAGCAAUUAUUACAAAAACCACAGAUUUCUUAAAAGAAGCAAAAUAAAAACAAUUCUUUGGGUGUU